CGCCCUCGCGCCGGCGCACCCCUCCCUGCAGGCUCGCGGCUGUUAGCGGCGGUCAGUGACGCGCGGUCUUGCACACGUCGCGACCCAGAGCCUUCAAGGCCAUGGCCUCCGUAGGAGCGACCCCAGGGAGGACGCCGCAGGGACCAGGCCCCGGCGAGGCCUCGACCAACUUCCCCUGCCCAGCGCCAGUACCAGGUCCCGGGGAGGCCGAGGAGGAGGAAGAGGAGGAGCCGGCGGAGAUCCAUCUGUGUGUGCUGUGGAAUUCAGGAUACCUGGGGAUUGCCUACUAUGACACUAGUGACUCCACCAUCCACUUUAUGCCAGAUGCCCCAGACCAUGAGAGCCUCAAGCUGCUCCAAAGAGUUCUGGAUGAAAUUGAUCCCCAGUCUGUUGUUACGAGUGCCAAACAGGAUGAGAAUAUGACUCGGUUUCUGGGGAAGCUUGCCUCCCAAGAGCACAGAGAGCCUAAGAGACCUGAAAUCAUAUUUUUGCCCAGUGUGGAUUUUGGUCUGGAGAUAAGCAAACAGCGCCUCCUUUCUGGAAACUACUCCUUCAUCCCGGACUCCAUGACUGCCACUGAGAAAAUUCUCUUCCUCUCCUCCAUCAUCCCCUUUGACUGCCUCCUCACGGUUCGAGCACUUGGAGGGCUGCUCAAGUUCCUGGCUCGAAGAAGAAUCGGGGUUGAACUAGAAGACUGUAACGUCAGUGUGCCCAUCCUGGGCUUUAAGAAAUUUGUGUUGACCCACCUGGUGAGCAUAGAUCAAGACACUUACAGUGUUCUGCAGAUAUUUAAGAGUGAGUCUCAUCCCUCGGUGUACAAAGUGGCCAGUGGACUCAAGGAGGGGCUCAGCCUCUUUGGCUCACUCCCUACCCCACUCCCAACAGGAAUCCUCAACAGAUGCCGCUGUAAGUGGGGAGAGAAAUUGCUCAGGCUAUGGUUCACACGUCCAACUCAGGACCUGGGGGAACUAAAUUCCCGUCUGGAUGUCAUUCAGUUUUUCCUGUUACCCCAGAAUCUGGACAUGGCUCAGAUGCUGCAUCGACUGCUGGGUCACAUCAAGAACGUGCCUCUGAUUCUUAAACGCAUGAAGUUGUCCCACACCAAGGUCAGUGACUGGCAGGUUCUCUACAAGACUGUGUACAGUGCCCUGGGCCUGAGGGAUGCCUGCCGCUCCCUGCCCCAGUCCAUUCAGCUCUUUAGGGACAUUGCCCAAGAGUUCUCUGAUGACCUACACCACAUUGCCAGCCUCAUUGGGAAAGUGGUAGACUUUGAGGGCAGUCUGGCUGAAAAUCGCUUCAUCGUCCUCCCCAACAUAGAUCCUGAAAUUGAUGAGAAAAAACGAAGGCUGAUGGGACUUCCUAGUUUCCUCACUGAGGUCGCUCAGAAAGAACUGGAGAAUCUGGAUUCCCGUAUUCCUUCAUGCAGUGUCAUCUACAUCCCCCUGAUUGGCUUCCUUCUUUCUAUUCCCCGCCUGCCUUCCAUGGUGGAGACCAGUGACUUUGAGAUUGAGGGUCUGGACUUCAUGUUCCUCUCAGAGGAGAAGCUGCACUACCGUAGUGCUCGAACCAAAGAGCUGGAUGCAUUGCUGGGGGACCUGCACUGCGACAUCCGGGACCAGGAGACUCUGCUGAUGCACCAGCUGCAGUGUCAGGUGUUGGCACGGGCGGCUGUCUUGACCCGGGUGUUGGACCUUGCCUCCCGCCUGGAUGUCUUGUUGGCUCUCGCCAGUGCCGCUCGGGACUAUGGCUACUCAAGGCCCCGUUACUCCCCCCGGCUUCUUGGGGUACGAAUUCAGAAUGGCAGGCAUCCUCUGAUGGAACUCUGUGCCCGAACCUUUGUGCCCAACUCCACAGAAUGUGGGGGGGACAAAGGGAGGGUCAAAGUCAUCACCGGACCCAACUCUUCAGGGAAGAGCAUAUACCUCAAACAGGUAGGCUUGAUCACAUUCAUGGCCCUGGUGGGCAGCUUUGUGCCAGCAGAGGAAGCCGAAAUCGGGGCAGUAGAUGCCAUCUUCACCCGAAUUCACAGCUGCGAAUCCAUCUCCCUUGGCCUCUCCACCUUCAUGAUCGACCUCAACCAGGUGGCGAAAGCGGUGAACAAUGCCACUGAGCAGUCUCUGGUCCUUAUUGAUGAAUUCGGAAAGGGAACCAACACGGUGGAUGGGCUCGCGCUUCUGGCCGCUGUGAUCCGACACUGGCUGGCACUUGGACCCACGUGUCCCCACGUCUUCGUGGCCACCAACUUUCUGAGCCUCGUUCAGCUACAGCUGCUGCCACAGGGCCCCCUUGUGCAAUAUUUGACCAUGGAGACCUGUGAGGAUGGGAACGACCUUGUCUUCUUCUAUCAAGUGUGCGAAGGUGUUGCCAGUGCCAGCCAUGCCUCCCACACAGCUGCCCAGGCUGGGCUUCCUGACAAACUCAUUGCUCGUGGCAAGGAGGUCUCAGACUUCAUCCGCAGUGGAAAACCCAUCCAGCCUGUCAAGGAGCUGCUAAAGGAGAAGCAAAUGGAAAAUUGCCAGACAUUAGUAGAUAAGUUUCUGAAACUGGAUUUGGAAGAUCCCAGUCUGGACCUGGACAUUUUCAUGAGUCAGGAAGUGCUGCUUGCCGCCACCGCCAUCCUCUGAGAGUCCUUCCUCGGCCCUCCUCCGCCUCCCAGACCCUCUUUGUUUCCUUAUCUCCUUCAGACCUAGAGUUCUCAGUUUCCCUGUAAAUUUUGUUUUCUGUCAGUAAUAAAGUUUAUUUUGGAGAAA